AUGAAGAGUGACGCUUGGCUGAGUAAGCCUUUUCUGACCUCCAUAUUCCUCGGAAUUGGAGGAUUUCUCUAUGGAUUUGAUUCGGGUAUCAUCACUCCCAGCUUAGCUCUGGGAACAUUUGUCAAUUAUUUUGGCAAUCCGCCUCCUCCUCUUCGAGGUGCGAUUGUGUCCAUGUACCAAGCAGGAGCAUGGCUGGGUAGUGCAUCAGUAGGUAUCACCAGUGAUCGAUUUGGUCGUCGCAAGGCUAUCGCAUUUGGAUGUAUUUGGGGAGUUAUUGGCGGUGCUAUCAUGGCUGGAGCUGCUCACGUUGCCAUGCUUAUCAUCGGUCGCAUGUUGGUCGGCUUUGCUGUUGGUACCAUCACAGGGGUAUCUCCGGUCUUCGGAGCUGAGAUUGCCAAGACUCAUGAACGCGCCAAAGUUACGGCAGUCAAUCAGAUGAUGACCGCCUGGGGCUUCUUCGUCGCCCUAUGGAUAGGCGUUGCUGAAGGAAAAUGGCAUAGCCCAAACCAAUGGCGUCUUGGCUUCGCGAUCCAAAGUAUCCCCGCUCUCAUUCUAGGAGUAGGCGUCUUGUUCCUUGGCGAAUCACCUCGCUGGUUGUGUCUCAAGGGCCGCCACGAUGAAGCCGAGAAGGCCUUCCGAAACUAUCAUUUUGACGGCACCAACGAUGAGUGGUGUCGAACAGAAUUCACUGUUAUCCAGGUAAACAUUGCCGAAGAGCAGCAAGCCCAAGGUCGUCUCUCAUGGGGUGAUCUCAUCAAGACUCCCUCCUUCAGAAAGAGACUCUUUGUUGGUUCUUUUGUCUGGGCAGCUGCUAUGUUAUCUGGUAUUUCAUUCGUUCAGUAUUACCAGACUGCUAUUUAUGCUACGCUGCAGUUCGAUCAAGAUCGCCAGUUGCUGGUCAGCGGACUCUAUGGGUCUGUUGCGCCCGUGGCUUGUCUCAUCUCACUAUUCUUUGUCGACAAGAUUGACCGCAAGAAGAUUCUGAUCACUAGUUCUUCGCUCUUGUCAGUUUGUUACUUGAUCAUUACCAUCUUGGCGGCCAAGUUCCCUGCUGUUCCUGGUAUGCCGACCAAUGCUGCUGCACAACGAGGUCUCAUCGCAUGUAUUUUCGCGGUUUCGGCCAACUACUCUGCUCUUCUUGGACCAAUGACCUGGAUUAUUCCUCCCGAGGUCUUCACUACUGAGCUACGAGCCAAAGCCAACGCUAUCGUCCAAGUUGUUCAUUACUCCAUUAGUUUAAUCAUCACGCAAUGCUCGCCGAUUGCGCUGGCUGAAGUUGGUUGGAAGUACUAUAUUUUGUUCGUCUUGACUAAUGCGAUGUGUGCGCUUAUCUUCUUUUUCGUGUAUCCUGAGACCCGAGGUAAAUCACUGGAAGAGAUAGACGAGAUCUUUGGCGAUGUCAAGAUUGUACACGAAGAAGAUGUCAGAUUCUCCGAGAAGGCUGGCAUUGAAACCAUUGAAGAUCGUCAAAGUGCCAUUAUGUAA